AUGUCAGAUUGGCACUCAAAUCCACUUCCAGGAGCUCGCCAAAGUCGCACCUAUGCCGAUACUUCGGAUUCCAUUGAUGAAGAUUGUGACACUACAACAAGUAGUCCUCAUAGAAUUUCGUCUCAACUUCAGCAAGAUGGCAAAGCAAGCCUCACUCCACGCCAGCUUUCUGAAUUUGUUAUAUCUAACCCUGUAUCAAAGAUACCACCAUUUGAGUACUAUCCGCGCCAAGUGCGCUCAUCGUUGAAACACAUCUCGACAAAUGUGUCGCUGUCCAAAACAUUGUUUACAACAGGCGAGGCAGUUACUGGCAAAAUUGAGGUGUCUUGCACCAAGGAGAAUGAACACACAAAAAUAGGAAAAAUUCAUGUCUAUCUUAUUGGCAUUGAAGAAACAUUCCCCCAAAAAACCAACAAACCCAAUCAACGUUUGUUUUUAUCGAAACGGCUUUUAUUACAAGAUGUGACACGUGCUCCAACGGAUGCCGUGUAUGCCAGCUCGCCUGAUGAGAAUGGCAUGUGGAGAGCUAAAAAAGGCACAACAGUUCUCAAUUUUUCAAUCGAGAUACAAUCCGACACAACCAGUAACCCCUGGAUCUAUACUGAGCAAAAUGCUGGUGUUAUUUUGCCUAGCUCAUACUGGAACAAAAGGCUAGGUGGAAUUCGAUACAUUGUUGCCGGAGUUGUGUACCCAAAAGUUGAAUCUAAAGAUUGCUUCCCAAUCGCUUCGUAUCGCGAUGUGAAUGUAGUGGAAUCAGCACAUUUUCAGCUCCAAACACAAUUCUCGUCCAUGCUUCCACCAACAUCUCCAUUAUUCAAGGAAAUCAGCAGUGAAGUUAAACCCAAUCUACUCAAUAUUGGAAAAAAGGGGAAUGUCAAAUUGGCAGCUUCUAUUCGAGUACCACAAGCUGAUAACUCUAUUGACACGGGAACUUGGCUAAGUGGUGGAAUUGGGUUUGUAGGGAUUGAUAUUCAAAACGGUUCGGCUAAGCCUGUUACCAAAUUGAGUGUGUCGCUUAUUAGGCGUGUCAAGACCUUUUCUUACGUUGCUGCUCCCUCAAACAAUCAUGAUCCUAAUAGGCAUAUUGAUGAUGAUAGAGGAUCGAUUACUAUGCUUUCAUUUGUUCGUACGGUAGUUUCACGCCGUAAGCUUGAAACGGCCAGCAUUCCCUUAAACUCAGGUAUUGCUACGCUUUCUAGUAAAUUCCAAGGAGGCGGUUUCGUAGACGAUAACGUCAAAAACGCACAAAACACAAAAGGAUUCGAGAUCUGGAGUGGUGUCAAACCUGGCGCAUCGACAUCUUUUGUACUUGAUAUAAAUGUUCCCACAAUCUCACGGUCUAUUUCAAAUGGUCGAUUGAUUGAUGUGUCGUUCUUUGUUCAGGUAAAAGUCACGCUUAAAGGACAAAGCAAGAUUCGGCUAGAUUUUCCAAUUACCAUUCUUCAUCCUGCUUCAUUUUACACAAAAAUGCCUGCUGUUGAACUGAAUAUUGCAGAUAUUGUUUCAAAUGAUGAAUCAGCACAACAAGCACUUAAGCCUGAACAAAACCAUUCAAAGUCUAUAGAAAUGAGUAAGGCUGAAGAUACGCGCAACUGUGACUUGAAUCAAUUUGACGACCGUCAAGAUACGUUUGUGACAUCCUCUCGACAAAGCAUUAGCGAUGGAUCUAUACCCUCUGCACCACCCAUUGCUGUUGCAGCGGAUGAAAAACCAUGUCUUCCCAACUCUCCCACCCACGGCAGUAUUUACUCCAUGCUGGAUAGGGUCGAUCACCCACGUUCUCGCGAUGAUAUGCUCAAAACAAAGUCGUACACGACCAGCAAGGCUGCCACAUUUGGUUAUAGCUCAAACACACAAUCGCCAGUUUCACUCAAAUAUCCUUCUUAUACACCCACCGCAUCAAAGUCGGGAACAAUUUCGUCGCAGAGAGGAAGCAAAUUCUCUCCAACUUCACUGUCCCGAAUGAAUGAUUUCGACGGACUUGGACUAAACAGUGUUCCACUUCCUCCUUCCAACCCACCCAUGCUGUCCAUUAUUAAGCAACAGAGAAUUGGAGCAAAUCAAACCGCUGCACUCGUCAAAGGUCCAUCGGAACCUGCACCAACUCGUCGUCUUCCACCGCCGCCACCUCCCACUGUGCGUAUCCCUGUCAAUAAUGAUUUAAACAAUGUACAUUCGUUGGAAGGUGUACCGCGACUGGAUCUUGUUCAGGAAAUCGAUAAACUGUUCGCGUGUGUGGCAGUCGAGUGA